AUGGCACCUCCCACUAGCAAGAGAAUCAAGACACUGUCUGUAAGUCGAGCAGUAAUCUAUGGGAAUACUGCGAAGAAGAUCGGUGAGAACAGGCCACCAAACGCACCCAGUGAGCAUACACAUCUAUGGACCAUCUUUGUGAGGAGUCCUACAGGAGAUGACAUAUCAUAUUUCAUCAAGAAGGUGGUGUUCAAGUUGCAUGAGACCUACCCGAAUCCUGUGAGAACCAUUGAGGCUCCUCCAUUUGAACUCACCGAAACAGGAUGGGGUGAAUUUGAUAUAAACAUCAAGAUUUACUUUGUGGAAGAAAGUAAUGAGAAGUUCAUUAAUUUCUACCACAGGCUGCGAUUACAUCCAUAUGUGAACGUUAAUCCACCGAUGUCCACAGAGGUUAAGAAGGAAGAAACUGGCAAUGCCACCACAUCAGAUGAAAUUAGUUCUAUAUUCUAUGAUGAAAUCGUGUUUAAUGAACCUUAUGAAGACUUCUUUAAGAUUCUAGUCUCAAAACCAGGCAAUCUAUUACCUUCAAACAAAACUGAAGACUGUCUUUUCUCUAGACAGCUUGAGCAAGACGAAUUAACAAGAAUUAAAAUGGCUUCUAGUAACGUUGAUAAAGAAAUUGAAAUAUAUAAGAAGAAACUUGAGGAUACCCUUAAGUCGCGUUAA